GCCGUGACGGUAGCGCCCCCACCGUAUGACGGCGUUUUAACCAAUCAAAUUUACUUCGUCACCAUCCCUAAACGUCGUCUUCCUAAACAAACCCUAACCCUAACGUCCGCUCCCCAAAGAUGGCGUCCUGUGACGACGAUUUCUCUCUCCUUGGUGACGAUAACGCUCCUCCCCAGCCUCCUUCUGCACCUCCUCCUCCUCCACCUACAAACCCAUCGAUUACCCACCACCACAUCGCCGCUUUUUCCCAUCGAUUUUCUCCAAAAUCGAUUCCUAUCGACACCCCUCCAUCUCAUCGUCAUCCACCGCCACAACCCACUUCACGAUCCGCAGGAAGGAGUCCAGAUCCGCCGCCGACGGGAUGCGGCGAUGGAGAAGAUGGAGAGAGUUUCAGUGACGGCGCGUUUUGUUCUCAUGAUGUUAACCAUUUUGAAAACGAAUCAGAUCCGAGCAAAUCCGCGGUUAAGAGAAAGGAAGGAGAUGAAUUUAGCGAUGGAGGAACUACUGCUCAUUAUUCGUAUAAAAAGCAUAAGACGAAUACCUCCGGAGGUGGGGAGUAUAGGAAGGACCGGGAGGAAUGGAGCGACACGGCAAUUGGGUGUUUGCUCGAUGUUUACUUAGAAAAGUUUAUGAUUUUGAACAGGGGGAAUCUCCGAGGAAGAGAUUGGGAAGAAGUUGCUGUAUAUGUUAGCGAAAGAUGUGAUAAACAGACUAAAAGCGUUGAACAGUGUAAGAAUAAAGUUGAUAACUUGAAGAAGAGGUACAAGCUGGAGAGACAUAGGAUGAACAAUGGAGGGACUUCAGCUAGUCAUUGGCCUUGGUUCAGUAAAAUGGAGAUGAUUGUUGGCAAUUCUCUACAGUCUAAAACUGUUUCAGAGGAUGAAAAGCCUGUAACCAGUUCAUCAACAAAACAAACAAAGAGGUAUGGAGUUUCGAUAACAGCAAGUCCUGGUAGUCAGUUGACUAUCGUGAAGCCAAAACCAUUAAGUAACCAGCAGCCUCCUCCUAGAUGGAGAAGAGUGGUUUUCAAGAUUAGUGGUGCUGCUUUGGCCGGUGCUGGCGGUCACAACAUUGAUCCUAAGGUAGCAAUGCUGAUUGCUAGAGAAGUUUCAACAGCUUGCAGACUUGGUGUUGAGGUUGCGAUUGUGGUUGGAGGUCGGAAUUUCUUCUGUGGGGACACUUGGGUGACUUCAACUGGUUUAGAUAGAUGUACCGCGUAUCAAAUUGGAAUGAUGGCGACUGUAAUGAAUUCGAUAUUACUACAGUCGGCUCUAGAGAAGAUGGGAAUUCAGACUCGGGUUCAAACUGCCUUCACUAUGCCAGAAGUGGCUGAACCAUACAGCAGGCAGAGGGCUAUUCGUCAUCUUGAGAAAGGAAGGGUUGUAAUAUUUGGCGGAAUCGGUGCUGGGACUGGAAAUCCAAUUUUCUCAACCGAUUCUGUAUCUGCCCUUAGGGCUUCUGAGAUUCACGCCGAGGCAGUCUUGAAAGGAACAAAUGUUGAGGGUGUGUACCUUUGUGACUCGAGAAAUGCAAAUGUUGUGUCUGAGCAUAUCUCGUUUAGGGAAUUGAUUUCCAGAGGCGCGUCUCCAAUGGACGUGAUGGCUGCAACAUUCUGUGAAGAAAAUGGAAUCCCAGUUGUGAUUUUUAAUCUCCAUGAACCUGGGAAUAUAUCAAGAGCACUGUGUGGAGAACAAGUUGGGACUCUUAUUGAUCAGACAGGAACAGUGGGAUAAAUGAUUGAAUUGAAUUGAAUGUAUAUCAAUGGUUAUGAUCCAUAAUCAUCAUCAUCUAUCCCAUUGUUGCAGUCCUAUUUGUGUAUUAUUAUUAUAAUUAUUAUGGUCAAAGAUAAAGAGAGAUUAUAAGAUGUGUAUGUACUCUGUAGUAUAGUGGCUUCUGAACUUGGUUUGAACUUAAUUUAGGAUAAAACAUUAUACAAUGAUCUCUUGCAUAUAAUUUUAUCUAUAAAAAGUUUCAUUUUCUAUUUGUCU